AUGAGAAACUCAAACAAAUCUAAUUACCGUUUCUUUUUUGUGAAUGAGCCUUCGAAUCUUCCUUCCAUCAACCACCACCAUCCUAUACUCCAUUUUCUGGCUGCAGUUUUUUUUUGUCCAACAACAGACCCAUCAUCGAACACACAUGCAUUACUCCCUUUGUCUCCUUUAACAGAAACCCGUGGUAGCCACUUAUCCCCCUUAGUCUCGUGGUACCCGAAGAAAGUCACCGAAAUCGAGUUAGGCAGUACUCGCCCCAGUCACUUGACUGCCACAACAUUGUCUCUCCAGCACGUGUGUGAGAUCGCGAAGGUGAAAAAAUCUGAUUCGUUUUUGCACAAUAUAUCGCUUGAGUCGCUUUCAAAAUCAAUUGUUGGGACUGCUAGUAGCACACGAAUCAAGACUGUGAAGGAUAUUGAUUGA